UUAAAUAAUAAUGAAGCAGAACAAUGAAAACAAUUAUGUGAGAGUGUCAUAUAAUAACUUUAUGACAACACGUAAUAGAUAGUUUGGAAAUGAACUUACAAAUUUUUAACGACUUCCCACUCGUUCUGCUUCUUAAUUUAUAUGUUCAAAGACAAUUCUGAAAAUGGAAGAGGAAAGGAUACCUCCAGAAUUGGUAAAUCCAUAUGUAGGUGAUAUAUUUGAAUACUUAUGUGUGAAUCAACAUAAGUUUAUGUGUUAGACACCAUUUUAUAUGAAUUUGUAAUUGGAUAUAACAAAUCAGAUGCGGUCAAUUUUAAUAGAUUGGUUAGUGGAUGUACAUUUAAAAUUUAAAUUGUAAUCAGAAACACUAUAUCUAUCAAUAAAUUUAAUAGAUCGUUAUUUAUCAAAGAAUACAAUAAUGCGAAAUAGAUUAUAAUUGGUUGGGAUUGCAUCUUUAUUCAUAGCAUCAAAAUUUGAAGAGAUCUAUGCACCUGAAUUAAAGGAUUUUGUACAUGUGUGUGAUAAUGCAUAUACUAAAGAAGAAAUCUUAGGUAUUUUAAUAAAAUAAAUUUAGAAAUGGAAAGUAAAAUACUUUUAAGUAUUUAAUUUCAUUUAACUUAUACAUCCCCUUUAAAAUUCUUAGAAAGAUAAAUAUAAGGAGCUAAUCUUUGCGAUAAGAUUAAUUAUGCAUCUCGUAUGAUUUUAGAAUUGUCUCUAUUAGAUAUUAAAUGUUUAAAGUAUUGAUUCACUUACUAUAAUAUAUCAGAUUCUCAUCAUCAUUAUUAGCUACCACUUCCAUACUUUUAGCAAUCAAUUUACUUAGAUCACCAUAAGUCUUACCAUCAUCUUUACAUUACAUUGAAGACUAAGAGGAAUUGAGAUAAUGUUUAUCAGAAUUUCUACCAGUCAUUUCACUCUUGAAAAGUUUCAACAUGACAGCAAUUAGAAGAAAGUAUCAACUUGAAAAAUUUAACAAAAUUGCAGAUGUAAUAUUAUCGAUCCUACCUAAUUAAUCAUGA